GCUUCUGUUCUCGCACGCUCUGCGGAUCCCUCGUACUUGCUUAGGGGGCUGAUGCUGAAGUGACUCCGGAGUUGUCUGGCUCUCCGGGCUGCGGGGAGCGCGAAGAAACCGGAGGAGAGCGAGAGGAGCAACAAGUCCGUCGGCGCCGUCGGGGAAAGAGCCUGGAAGCAGCACCUGACAAGGUUGCUCGGCGCCUCUUGUCGGCAUAUGCCAUAAAAGGCAGCAGCUGGCGGAGGCUGAAGUCUGCCCUCUUCUUGGGGGCCCCCCGCGCCUCUUUGGAUGGCAGUUUCAGAGCUACCUUGGGAAUCCGGGAAGCCUGCAUUGCACGCCACCUUUUGGCCCUGAAAGGGCCCGUCUUGGCUUUGGAGGGACCGAUUCGAAUUGUUGUCCCGUUCUUGUGGUGCCUGUUCCCUCUUGUGGCGGGGAUCUUCGGGCAAAGCAGCCCUCCACAGAGAAGGAGGAGGGGGAUUUUUGUGCUGCCUCUCCCAGCCAAGCAUGGUGGGGAAAAGAAACCCCGAUGCCAACGGGGAAGUCGGCUGCUUUGGCGGACAGCGCUUCUGUUCCCUCAGGUCUGCUCCGCCCGCCAACUCGCUGCUGGCCGCCUUCCUUCUCUCUGUGGGAUCCAUAGCUUCCUGCGUGUAUCUGGGGAUGAAGACCAACGACCUUCAGGCCAGGGUCUCUGCCAUUGAGACGGCGCAGGGGGAUAUGGGUGCUGCCGCCGCUGCCGCCACUGCCGCCGCAUCCUACCAGUCGCUGCCCAGCUAUUCUUUGGAUCAGCUGAAUUCCCUGAUGCAGGAAAAAGUGGAGCAACUUCUGGCUCAGAAGUCCUAUGAACAUAUGGCAAAAAUCAGAACAGCAAGAGAAGCUUCCUCAGAAUGCAACUGCCCACCAGGUCCUCCUGGUAAACGAGGUAAGCGAGGAAGAAGAGGAGAGAUUGGACCUCCUGGUCAACCUGGUCCUCAAGGUCCACCUGGUCCAAAAGGCGAGAAGGGAGAUCAAGGUGAUCAGGGCCCUCGGGGUCUGCCAGGCUUCCCCACAGUUGCUGCCCUUCACAGUAAUCAGAUCCUCGCCGUCAAGGGUGACCAAGGGCAAGCUGGACCUCCUGGACCCCCUGGGCCUCCAGGACCAAGAGGCCCUCCUGGAGAUACUGGCAAAGAUGGCCCGCGAGGAAUGCCCGGGGUGCCGGGAGAACCUGGAAAACCAGGUGAACAAGGUUUAGUGGGGCCUCAGGGGCCUUCAGGACAAAAGGGCUCACUCGGUGCACCUGGUGUCCCAGGAAUGGAUGGACAACAGGGGGAACCUGGUGCAGUGGGAGAAAGAGGAGUCCCUGGGCUUAAGGGUGACCCUGGACAACGAGGAGAAAAGGGUGAUGCUGGAGAAAGUGGACCCAAAGGUCACCCAGGAGAAAAGGGUGACCCUGGAUCUUCUGCUGCAGGAAUUAAGGGAGAACCUGGACAAUCAGGUCGACCAGGACAAAAGGGUGAACCUGGACUUCCUGGACUUCCUGGGUUACCUGGAAUUAAGGGUGAACCAGGUUUCAUAGGUCCGCAGGGAGAACCUGGACUGCCAGGACUGCCAGGAACAAAGGGUGAAAGAGGAGAAGCAGGACCUCCUGGGAAAGGUGAACGAGGUGAGCCUGGAGCUCCAGGGCCAAAGGGGAGGUCAGGUGAAUCUGGAACUAGAGGCCCCAAAGGGUCAAAGGGUGAUCCAGGAGAUAAAGGUGAUUUGGGAGCAGUGGGGCCAAGGGGUCCAUCUGGAGAAAAAGGUGAUCAAGGUGCCACAGAAAUCAUUGACUUCAAUGGGAAUAUCCAUGAAGCUUUACAGGGUCCUCCAGGCCCGCCUGGACCCCAAGGAUUCCAAGGGUCAAAGGGUGAACCUGGAUCACCCGGAUUACCUGGUGCCGAUGGGGAGCAGGGGCCCAAAGGCUCAAAGGGUGAUCUGGGUGACCCUGGAAUACCAGGAGAAAAAGGAGGAAUUGGACUUCCAGGUUUGCCAGGAUCCAAUGGCAUGAAGGGAGAAAAAGGAGAUGUUGGAUUGCCGGGUCCUCAAGGUCCCUCUAUCAUAGGACCUCCAGGUCCUCCAGGUCCACACGGUCCGCCAGGACCUAUGGGACCUCAUGGACUACCAGGGCCAAAGGGUGAACCAGGGUUAAAUGGUCUUAAAGGAUUGAAGGGUGAACCAGGUCACAAGGGUGACAGAGGGCCCCUUGGUCUCCCCGGAGCAUCUGGCUUAGAUGGAAAGCCAGGACCCCGGGGUAUGGAUGGUCCCACUGGUGCACAUGGCCCUGCAGGUCCAAAGGGAGACAGAGGUGAAAAGGGAAUUGCAGGAGAUCCUGGGCCCAGAGGACCAUAUGGUUUGCCUGGCAAAGAUGGUGAACCUGGCCUUGAUGGUUUCCCUGGUCCACGUGGAGAAAAGGGUGAUGUAGGAGAAAAGGGAGAAAAGGGGGAAAAGGGAAAGAAAGGCAAAAAGGGGCCUAAAGGGGAGAAAGGAGAACAGGGUGCCCCUGGAUUAGAUGCACCUUGUCCAUUGGGGCCAGAUGGGUUACCAAUGCCUGGCUGUUGGCAAAAGGGAGUCACACCAUGGCUUAUUGCAAAAAAAUGAUACAAGGAGAUUAAGACAAUGAUCUUGAAUUUGGAGGGAACUUCAGUUCCUUCUGACGGUGGAUGGCUUUCAGUCUUCUGGGUUAUGAAACCAUCUUUGUCAAAAAGAAGGAUGAUACCUGUUCAUCAGCCUCUGUUUGCUUGCACUGCUCACAGUCAAGAAGCAUGGAUUUCAACACAUGUUGGACUGUUUUACCAAGAAUGAAAGAAGCAUGAAGAUCAUGCUUUGCGAGUAAGAUGAUAAAGUUGCAGAGAGACAUCAAAUGGAUCAUUCAAUGAUAGGUCUUAGUAUCAACUGGGGGACAAUGUGAUCUUCAAAGAUUGCUACAAUAUGUAUUUCACAUGUUGUAUUUUGAAGGUGUGAUAGAGGAAGUGCUUUUACAAAAGUUACCAUAAAAUGCCUUCCUCUAAAAUAAUGAAAUGCAUCUGACUUUUUAUAGCUUACUAUUUGGAUUUUAGAAAUUCCGGUGCAAUGGCAUAUGCGUGUACAGGCUUGGAGAAUAUAUUUAAUUACAUGUUCAGUGUACUAGCCUCCUCUGCUUUCAUGCUUAUAGACAUUCAAAUUUUGAAGAACAGAAUUGUGUUCAACUUUUUUCAACACUGUCUUUUUAGAUAUAUAUAUAUAAGGACUUCUCCAUAACAAAAGGAUUUUCUUUUUUUACGUGUUCACGUAUUCAUUUGU